ACGCGAGCUCCACGGUGGCCGCCGUAGGAGGGGGCGCGCGAAUUGAGCUUAUGCAGUUGUAACCGAACAGCUUGUGUCGCACGUGCAGCUCCGACAGGCCCAUUCCCCAGAUGACCGGCACGGCGCAACGGGCUGCGACGGCUGCAGCGAACUGGCACGAGAUCCGCCGCAGGGCGCCCCAACCCGAGAGGGUCGAGCGGUACGCGCGCUCGAGCGCACCGCAGGGAUUGCCGAUGGCGCCACUAAAGGUGCGUCCAGCAGCAGCCGAGCUGAAGAUGUCUGAUAAUGGGGAGGUCGAGGACAAGCCCCCUGCUCCUCCCAUGAGAAACACCAGCACCAUGAUCGGCUCCUGCAACAAGGACCCGGCGCCGCUCAACCACGGGUCCAAACCGCUGCCGCCAAAUCCUGAGGACAAGAAGAAGAAAGACCGCUCCAUCCGAUUCAUCCUGACGGGAGGAGGAGAUAAAACCUACAAGAAGAAGGAGCGUCCAGAGAUCUCUCUGCCGUCAGACUUUGAGCACACCAUCCACGUUGGCUUCGAUGCGGUCACCGGCGAGUUCACUGGCAUGCCGGAGCAGUGGGCCCGACUGCUGCAGACGUCCAACAUCACCAAACUGGAGCAGAAGAAGAAUCCUCAGGCCGUUCUCGACGUUUUAAAGUUCUACGACUCAAAGGAAACCACCAACAGCCAGAAGUACAUGAGCUUCACAGAUAAGAGUGCAGACGUCUACAGCUCCUCCACCACAGCGAGCACCAAGGCCGUGUCCGAGACACCCGCCGUAGCAACCGUGUCUGAGGACGAGGAUGAGUACGAGCCCGGCCCCCCGCCAGUGAUUGCCCCCCGACCAGAACACACCAAAUCAAUUUACACCCGUUCAGUGAUCGAGCCUCUCCUCCCUUCAACUAAGGAUGCUGCAACCUCGCCCAUCUCCCUGCCGACCGCUGCCGCCGUCACACCGGCCGGCCCUGCAGAGGCCGCUCCCAGGAGCCCGCCCAGCGCCAGUCCAGCCCCGGGUCCAUCUGGGCCCCGCCCCCAGGACAAAGCCAGGAAGAAGAAGAUGUCCGACGAGGAGAUCCUGGAGAAACUGCGGACGAUUGUGAGUGUCGGAGACCCCAAGAAGAAAUACUCGCGCUUUGAGAAGAUAGGACAGGGGGCAUCGGGGACAGUGUACACAGCUAUAGACGUGGCUACAGGACAGGAAGUUGCCAUCAAACAGAUGAACCUGCAGCAGCAGCCGAAGAAAGAGUUGAUCAUCAAUGAAAUUCUGGUGAUGAGGGAAAACAAGAACCCAAACAUUGUCAACUACCUGGACAGUUACCUGGUAGGGGACGAGCUGUGGGUGGUGAUGGAGUAUCUGGCUGGAGGUUCGUUGACUGACGUGGUCACAGAAACCUGCAUGGACGAGGCCCAGAUAGCUGCUGUGUGCAGAGAGUGUCUGCAGGCGUUGGAGUUCCUGCACUCGAACCAGGUCAUCCACAGAGACAUCAAGAGUGACAACAUCCUGCUGGGCAUGGAUGGCUCCGUCAAACUCACCGACUUUGGGUUCUGCGCCCAGAUCACUCCAGAGCAGAGCAAGCGGAGCACCAUGGUGGGGACUCCGUACUGGAUGGCUCCGGAGGUGGUGACCCGCAAAGCCUACGGCCCCAAAGUGGACAUCUGGUCCCUGGGAAUCAUGGCCAUAGAGAUGGUGGAGGGGGAGCCGCCGUACCUGAACGAGAACCCGCUCCGGGCGCUGUACCUCAUAGCAACCAACGGGACGCCGGAGCUGCAGAACCCAGAGAAGCUGUCCACCAUAUUCAGAGACUUCCUGAACCGAUGCCUGGAGAUGGACGUGGAGAAGAGGGGCUCGGCCAAAGAGCUGCUGCAGCAUCAGUUUCUGAAGAUGGCGAAGCCUCUGUCCAGUCUGACUCCUCUCAUUCUGGCUGCCAAGGAAGCUGCGAAGAACAACCGCUAGCAAGCUUUUAUCCGUUUGCUCCUUCCUUUGCUUUCAUCCCCUGUUGUUCAGUUUUUUGGUGGGGGGCAGUGAUGCCCUUUAUUGUUUUGUCACCUCCAUUUCUGACACUCCAGCGACCUCGCCCACAGCUCUGACUGGAGCCAUGAGCAACCUGGUCAGAGGCUGAGGGAGUUUCAGCGGAGCUCAAAGACUUUGGUUUUGUUGUUUUAUUUUCUGUGUGUGUGUGUGUGUGUGUGUGUGUGUGUGUGUGUGUGUGUGUGUGUGUGUGUGUGUGUGUGUGUGUGUGUGUACCUUUGUGGUAGAGGUUUGGACUUUGACCUGGAGACACUAAUUUGACCUCCUCAGAGCGGACGACGGUCAGGGUUUGGAUAAAUACACAUCAGUACUGAUGAAAACGCUGUUUGAGGCUGCAGGUUCUGAGGAAACAGAACACCUCCAAUCACUAUGCAGACAGAAUUGACAGGAUGAUAAAAGAUCAGCAUUUCAGGGUGCUUCAUCUGCUGAGUCAGAGCUCGCACGCUCUCACUCAGGUUCCACGUCUGGAGGAGUCCCUCUUAUUCUGACAUUCAUGCAGCAGCCGACCACAUGUGUUUGUGACCAUCUGCAGCUGCACACGCUCAGAUGGAACCAGCCCCGCUUGGACCGAGCUCGGGUCCCCGUCGGGUUGUAGCUGAUGUGUCCAUGUAGAGAAUGUGCUCAUCAGAGGUACACAAGACUAAAAAAUGCAUAGAGACGGUACGAGAAGGAUGGAUCCGAUCCACGGAACCGUCGAGCAGAACCUGUUUAUGUGGGAGAAAGAAUCUGUUCCAGCGUUUGUUUACACUGUUUUUUUUAAUAGCUGAUUGUCAGAGAAUGAUUUCACCACUCGUUUUUACUGUCAGGACUCGUAUUUGUUUGGGCCACGGUUCAAAUGUAAAUGGCCAAAUGAUGUUUACACUCUGCUUUCGUUUUUUUUCUACUUAGUUUUUUACUGUAGUUUUCAUGUACCUCUGGCCUUAAACUGCUUUGAAGUUUUGAACUCCUGUGGAUUCUUGGCUUCUGACCACUGGUCGAUCUUCUGCUUGUUUUCUGGACUUAACGGCACCUAAAUUGUGACAGUCGUGCAAGCGAAGUCCAUGAGCAACCCAGACCUGGCUCUAAGCAGCUUAAAGUGGGACACGGUUCAAUGAAGCCUUCGCCCCUCAGAGCACGAGAGCCAUAAUAAUCUGUUUGGUCAAAGGCCUUUGAUUAUUUGAAACAUCUCUGAAGAAUGCAAAAAUAAAACAUGUACCAAAAGUG